UUGAUGCGAACAAAACUCACUCCAUCUCUGUGUCCCAGAUUUUAUUUCAUUUUUAAGUUUCAUGCUGUGACCUUUGACCAACCUCACUGUCUUUAGCAAGCACAUCGAAGCUUUCUAGUUGAUGAUUAUCUGUCUUCCUUAAAAUGUAGCAAUAAAUAUUUCUGUUAGAAUGGCAUGACAACUAAGAUAAACAUUAAACUGGUGGGAGUAUGGAUUAUAAACAAUCAUCUAUCACAAGACCAUAAUAAAGUAUGGCCCCAGGCACUACUGCAUUCUUUGUCCCUGAGUUAUACUGUAAAAGAAGUACAGUAACAGAAGUCUGUAGUGGAGAAUAAUCUGUGUAGAAUUGCUGGGUUGUCUGUUCCAUUCCAACCCAAUCUUCCCGUAACUAAAUUACCCUGUAAUAAAUUCUGUUAUAUUCUAUGGAGUUGCCUGCCUCAUUUGUUGGUCUUCAUUACCUUCUCAUUAUGGUGGCCAUUAUGCCUUUGACCCAUCACCAAAAUGAGCAAACCAAAGAGAGGACAAUGUGAGAUUCAAGAAGCAAGACAUCCAACCCAAGAGAGGUAACAGGGAGCCUGCGUAAAGGAGGUGGACCAUCCCCGCGAGCCUGUAGCAUGGCAGGCCUUUAAAGAAACCGAAUUGAGCAGAUUAGAAGGCUCAGGAAGAGAGUUCUUCCAGAGGAUAAAAUUGAUAGAGGACUUUCUGUAUUUACUUAUGUCCAGAGGAGAUUUAUCCAACUUGGGGAGACUUGGGAAUUGAAUUAGUUACAAGUAUUAUCAUACCCACACAGACACGCAGAUGCAGAGAUGCAUACUCAACUUCUACAUACAAACAUACAACUAUAUGCCCAAAUACGCAUACAAACUCUUACAUACCUACAUAGAUACACACACACACACACACACACACAAAGAUAGUCUCACACUUACUAAAACACACACACACUCAAACAUUCCCAAACACAUGCAAACUCACAGAUAGCCUCACAACCACAUCCAUACAAACACACAUGCAAACUCAUCCCCACACAGAGAUGUCACAUCCACACUCAAACAUGCACACACAAGUACACUCAUAAUUACUCAUACUACCCCAGCUUGGUGAAUGGCCCCCUUAUUUCCUGUUUGAAAUGAGGUUAGAAGUCUCCCACUUUCCUUGAGAUUCAAUUUCUCACUUGUCCCACCAUAAAAACCCUCUGCCCCGUCUUUUCUUAGGUCCUGUCCAGCUAGUGCUGUGCCUUUAAGGAAGUUGAAGCUGCUAAAAGUGAGUGAGAGAGAGAAAAAAAAAAAACAAAAAAAAAUUUGGCGUCUUUUCCCCCUCAAGUUUCUGGUGUCACUUAUGAAACACAGGUCCUUGUUGCUGUAGAGAAGCAGUUGUUUUGCUGGAAGGAGGGAGUGUACAAGCUGCCUGGGCUCCCUUCCUGCAGCCUUUUCUCAGCAGCUGGUCCCAGGUACCCUGUAGGGGAAGGACGGGCUCAGGGUACAAACUGAAGGUAGGGCAGGAACCAAGCUAUCCCUACCUCCAGCUACCUCCUCUUACCCCGUUGGCCCUGCAGACUGUCCUGGCCUAACUCCGGCCUUUGUUGCUUUCUGGUUCCAUCUUCGGAGAGGCUCGGCUUGGCUAAGAAAGAGUAUUUUGAAGGAGGCAGGAUGCAGAAGCUGCAUCUGCUGUGUUGGGUGGUCCUCCUGGGCCUGGGGCAGGCCUGUCCUGAGCCCUGUGACUGCGGGGAGAAGUAUGGCUUCCAGAUCGCCGACUGUGCCUACCGCGACCUGGAGGCUGUGCCACCUGGCUUCCCGGCCAAUGUGACCACACUGAGCCUGUCAGCUAACCGGCUGCCCAGCCUGCCAGAGGGCGCCUUCAGGGAGGUGCCCCUGCUGCAGUCACUGUGGCUGGCACACAACGAGAUCCGAACAGUGGCUGCUGGUGCCCUGGCAUCUCUGGGCCAUCUCAAGAGCCUGGACCUCAGCCACAACCUCAUCUCCGACUUUGCCUGGAGCGACCUGCACAACCUCAGCGCCCUCCAGUUGCUCAAGAUGGACAGCAAUGAGCUGACCUUCAUCCCUCGCGAUGCAUUCCGCAGCCUUCGCGCCCUGCGCUCGCUGCAGCUCAACCACAACCGCUUGCACACGCUAGCAGAGGGCACCUUCAUGCCACUUACCGCACUGUCCCAUCUGCAGAUUAAUGACAACCCUUUUGACUGUACCUGCAGCAUCAUGUGGUUCAAGACGUGGGCCCUGACCACAGUCGUGUCCAUCCCAGAGCAGGACAACAUCACCUGCACUUCGCCUCAUGUGCUCAAGGGCACACCGCUGAACCGUCUGUUGCCACUGCCUUGCUCUGCACCCUUGGUGCAGCUCACCUACCAGCCCAGCCAGGAUGGUGCAGAGUUGCGGCCUGGCUUUGUAUUGGCGCUCCACUGUGACGUGGAAGGGCAGCCAGCCCCCCAGCUCCACUGGCACAUCCAGACACCUGGCGGCACGGUGGAGAUCGCCAGUCCCAAUGUGGGUGCGGAUGGGCAUGCCCUGCCCGGUUCCCUGGUGGCCAGUAGCCGGCCACGCUUCCAGGCCUUUGCCAAUGGCAGCCUGCUCAUCCCUGACUUUGGCAAGCUGGAGGAAGGCACCUACAGCUGCCUGGCCACCAACGAGCUGGGCAGUGCGGAGAGCUCAGUGAACGUGGCACUGGCCACACCGGGCGAAGGUGGUGAGGAUGCCCUGGGGCGCAGGUUCCAUGGCAAAGCAGCUGAGGGUAAGGGCUGCUAUACUGUUGACAAUGAGGUGCAACCAUCAGGUCCUGAGGACAAUGUAGUCAUCAUCUACCUCAGCCGUACUAGGGGCCCUGAGGCUGCAGCCAAGGGAGAAGGGGUCUCUGGGCAACAGCCCACAGGCCUGCUCCUACUAGGCCAGAGCCUCCUCCUCCUCUUCCUCAUUUCCUUCUAGCCCUGACCCCACCCGGCUGGGUUGGAGAAGCCCCAGGGC